AUGGGCUUUAUAUCCACUCUGGCUCGCCGCAUGCGCAUUAAACGCUUCUCCAAAAGACUCUCAACGACAAGCACCAAGCUCCAUGACGAAGAUUCAAAAGAUCUAAUCAAAGCAACCUCCGAAACAGCCUCGCUGACACGCGCAAGCCUGGAAUCAACCUCGACAAUGGUCCACCACUCGGCGCACGAGCCCGUCCUACCCAGCGAGUCACCAGCAAACCCUAUGCAGAUGAGACCAAAUAAUGGGAAUGCGCGGACCUUGUUCGAUGUAAAUACCACCUUCGAUGUAAAUACCACCCCCCACUCGCCGGAACGGGCUCCCAGGCCGACAUCCAGACCCCCACAUCCGAUUUUGAAAUUGGAUUGUCGCUCGCCUGUCGAGGCGCCGAGGAAAAUGGUGCAGGGGCCUUUUGAGAUGACGGAGGAGGUCAAGGGCGGAGCGUUGGAUUGUUCGUCUGCGAUAACGGCCGACAAGGGCUUUUCGCCUUCUGAGAAACCUGUGUCUGAGAAGAAGGAUAGAAUGUCCAUGUCGGCUUUACUGCAGAGACAUUGUGGGUUGAAUAUCCCGCGCUCGUCGAUUUCGAUUAAGACUUCGUCGCGUGGUGUGGCAUCGCCAAAGUGGUUGGAUUCUGCUGGGCUUACGGAGGAGGAGAGAUUGGUUGAGAAGCGGAAUGAGAAGUGGGUAGAGGGAGUGCAGGAUGAGAAGAGGAGAAAUAGCGUAUGGGGUAGUGUUGGGCUUGGGAGAUUAUAG